AUGCUGAUAUUAGUAGCGAAUGAGAUAAAUAUACCAACGUUAUCUACAGAUAUACCAAUACAAUUCAAGAAAUUACUCCAGCCCAACAAGCUCGAUGGGGCUAUAUUGCUUGGAGAUGUGAAUGACAAGGCAACGCUGGACUACAUGAGAACGCUGUGUGAUAAAGUUAUAAUUGGCGCAUCUGGAUCUGCAAUUAUGCUCGAUAAGUUUAAAGUUGGGCUGGUUUGCGAUACCGACACGCAAAGUUACGCAAUCAGCGCACGUAAGCUAAACGUAGACAUAUUGCUCAUUUCCGGACCAAAGAGCUUUGAUGCUUUCGAGCGCGAUUCUGUAUUCUACUGCUCACCUGGUUCCAUGACAGGCACUUACUCUUCCCUAGAAGAGCUAGACGCCACACCAUCCUUCAUCCUGCUCGACAUACAGCCAGCGCAAAUGACGACAUUUGUGUACAAACUGGAUAACGAUCAAAUCAAGGUGGACAAGAUUGAGUACUCAAAGUUACAGCCUAGGCAGAGUGAUGAUAGGUCAUCCCACUCAGAACCACAACAACCAGCAGAAGAGAGUGUACAAUCAGAGGAGCAGGAGGAGGAGCAAGAAGAGCUACACACACAAAACAGCUACCAACAAACACCGCCAGAGUCACCCUAUCAAGCACCACCGAUUGCAGCCGAAACGGAGAAUCUUUGGGAUUAA